GCAAAUUCGUGACAAGUUUCAAUAUACAAAUCUGGUACAAGCAACCAUUCAAGUUUUCCAACAACCUCACCGGUCAUCCGCACGGUCUCUUCAAAUCUGUGUCAGCUUCCUUAACUAAUCACCGCCAAAUCAGAUCUCAGAUGGGUAAGUAUAAGGUCAUGAAACCGGUUAACGAGGUUGAUGUCUCUAGUGUCAAAUACAAAGAAGAAGACAUCAAAGCUCCUCAUUUGACUGGCUUUUUGUUCAAGUUGUUCGUUAAGAUGCUUGAAACACCACUUAUAGGCUCAGUGAUUGUAGAGUCGUUAAAGAAGAAUAACGGCAUGACCCAGAUUUUUCGCAACACAGUUAUACCAGAAGAGCCCAUGUUUAGACCUGUCUUCCCAUCUCAAAAACCGGAGCUUGAUGUUGUCCUUGUUGGAGAAGAUGAAAGCCCUGUAAACAGAUUAGAAACAGCCUUGAAGUGUCUUCCUCAAUAUGAUCCUUCUCUUAGCUUCAAUGCAGAUUCAAGCUCAUCUUUUCGUUACUGGAAGAUACGUGAUUAUGCAUAUGCUUAUAGAUCUAAGCUCACAACUCCAUCUGUGGUGGCAGAAAAAAUAAUCUCAAUCAUUGAGGAGUUUAGGUAUGACAAAUCUCCAACACCGUUUUUGAUUACCUUUGAUGCUAAUGACGUUAGAAAACAAGCUAAAGCUUCUACACAGAGGUUUGAAGAAGGACAUCCAAUAUCAGUUUUAGAUGGAGUUUUUGUAACAAUCAAGGAUGAUAUUGACUGUUUACCACAUACCACAACCGGUGGAACAACAUGGCUGCAUGAAGCUCGUUCUGUGGAGAAAGAUUCAGUGGUUGUUUCAAGACUUCGUAGUUGUGGUGCAAUCUUACUUGGUAAGGCUAAUAUGCAUGAGUUAGGCAUGGGGACUUCAGGGAACAAUUCAAAUUAUGGAACAACAAGAAACCCACAUGCACCUGAAAGGUACACAGGAGGAUCUUCUUCAGGUUCAGCAGCCAUUGUUGCAGCUGGACUAUGUCCAGCUGCUCUAGGAACAGAUGGUGGAGGUUCUGUUCGCAUCCCUGCAUCACUUUGUGGUGUAACAGGACUGAAAACAACAUAUGGCCGGACAGAUAUGACAGGGUCAUUAUGUGCAGGUGGAACAGUGGAAGUUGUUAGUCCAGUUGCUUCAUCCCUAGAAGAUGCUCUCUUAGUGUAUGCAGCAAUCUUGGGGUCUUCAUCUGCAGAUAGACUUAACUUGAACCCGACAACACCCUGUCUUCCCAAGUUAGUGUCUCAAUAUGGAGGCAAUGCUAUAGGAUCUCUACGGCUAGGGCAAUAUACAAAGUGGUUUAAUGAUGUUCAUUCAAGUGAAAUCUCUGACAAAUGUGAAGAUAUCCUUAAGCUUCUAUCAAACAACGAUGGUUGCCAAGUAGUGGAAAUAGUGGUUCCUGAACUAGAAGAGAUGCGUGCAGCUCAUGUUGUCUCUAUAGGGUCUGCAACACUGUGUUCUAUUACUCCUUAUUGUGAGGCUGGGAAAAAAACAAAGUUAUCUUAUGAUACUCGUACUAGCUUUGCGAUCUUCAAGUCAUUUUCUGCUUCAGAUUAUAUUGCUGCUCAGUGUCUUAGGAGAAGGUUGAUGGAGUAUCACUUGGACAUUUUCAAGAACGUUGAUGUUAUUGUGACACCUACAUGUGGUAUGACAGCUCCUCUGAUACCCCCUGAAGCUGUGGAAAAUGGAGAAACCAAUUUUCAAGUGGCAGCUUAUCUAAUGCGGUUUGUUGUAGCUGGAAAUCUCCUGGGCUUUCCGGCCAUAUCUGUCCCUGUUGGGUAUGAUAAGGAAGGGAUGCCAAUAGGAUUACAAAUAAUGGGAAGACCUUGGGCUGAAGCUACUGUUCUUUCUUUAGCUGCUGCUGUUGAGGAGCUGGCUCCAGUUACCAAGAAACCUGCUGUUUUUCAUGACAUUCUCAGUACAAACAGAAUCCAUACGUGA